GACAUUACAUUUUUUCACGAUUGUGAAAAUGAUCCGAAAUUAUCUAACAAGGAGAGGGUCUAGGUUUAGGAAAUGCAGUAUUAAUACGAUAUUUGGCGUGUGCAUUUUAUUUAAAUAAUAUGUAUCAAUAAUUUAUAUGGAGUCAACAUCAAUAACUAAGGAUAGAAAUUUUCAUUUAUACAGUUGGUAGAUGGUGUUAAGCACUUGAGAAAAAUAAAAAGUAUCGAUAGAAAGGAUCGAGUUGUCGUAAAUAAAAACAUCGAUAUUUCGAUCAAUCGACUUUAAUUGCUUAAUUUUAUUCAGAAUCUAAAAGCAUAUACUUCAAGUUAUUUAAUUAUUUAUAAACAUGACAAAUUUAUAUGAUCAAAUAAAACUUUUAUAUGAUCAACAAUUAUAUUCUAAUGUGAUUUCAUUAUCUAACUUAGUAUUAUCAUUAACGGAUCACAAUAAUGAUUUAUUAAAUCCAACUUCAAAAUUUUUAAUUUACGUUCAUUGUGCCGAUUCAUAUUUACAUUUGGCUGACUACAGGAAAGCAGAAUCAUUUUACAGAAAAUCUUUACAAUUUCGAAAAUUUUUACUAAAAUCCAAGAAUGGAGCUAAACCUAUUAAUCAGGACAAUUAUAAAGAUCUCACAUCUGAUAAUGAUAUUAAAUAUCAAAUUCACGUGUGUUUGAUGAAAAUGAAGAAUCAAUUCGAAGCACUGCAGGUGUUACAAAGUAUACCAGGCAAACAACGAACAGCUAAAAUAAAUAUGGCUCUAGCCAAAAUAUUCCACGAACAAGGAAUGGAGCGUUCAGCAAUUACAACUUAUAAAGAGGUUUUAAGAGAAUGUCCUUUAGCCUUAGAAGCAGCAGAAGGUCUAUUAUCACUAGGAGUUAAAGGCAUUGAAGUUAAUUCAUUAAUAGUGGGAUCAUCAGCUAAUUUAUCAAGCCUAGAUUGGCUAAAUACUUGGAUUAAAGCCCAUGCCUAUUUGCAUAGCAGAGAAUAUAAUCAUGCAAUUACAGCUUUUAAAUCUUUAGAUAAUAUUAAUUUUCUACGUGACAAUUUCAAUUUGUUGUUAACAAUGGGUGAAUGUUAUUAUUAUGCAGGAGAUGAUAAGAAUGCAUUAUCAUGCCUGAGAAGAGCAAGAUCCAUUGAACCAGAUAACCGUAAAGGAUUAGACUUAUAUGCAGCUCUUUUGUACAAAGGACAAUAUAUAAAAGAAUUAGAAAAAUUAAUUCCUUCAUUAACAAUUAACAAUGAAUGUUCAUCUGAAAUUUAUGUAGCUAUGGCAUAUACAUUAUAUGCAUCAAGAAAAUUUAUUAGAGCUAAUACAUUAACUAUUCAAGCAAUUAAUUUAAAUCCUGGUAAUAUUGAAGCAAUUAUCUUACGUGGAAAUACCCUUAUUGAGCAAAAAAAAUAUCAAGAUGCGUUACAUCAAUUUAGAGCAGCUAUGCAAUUAAAACCAUACCGUUAUGAACCACAUAAAGGUUGUGUUGAUUGUUAUGUUGGAAUGCACCGGCUAAGAGAAGCAUUAAACAUCGCUAGCAGUGCUUGUAAACAACUGGGUCAUACUCCUCGAGUAUUAACACUCUAUGCUUCAGUACUGAUGAAAGAUCCAGUUUCGGUGGGAAAAGCUAAAAAUCUUUUAGAUAAAGCAUUAGCUCAAGAUGAAUCAUAUUUACCAGCUGUAUAUUUUUUGGCAGAAAUAUAUGAACAAGAAAUGAAUUUAGAGGCCGCAAUAGAAUUACUAGAAAGACAAGUUGAUAUUCAACCAACUUGCAAAUUACAUCAAAUGUUAGGCGAUUUAUGGGCUAGAAUACAUAAUGAAGAAAAAGCACUCAACCAUUAUGCUAUUGCAUUAAAUCUAGAUCCGAAUAACAGACGUGCGCUAGAAGGUAUGCACCGAUUAGAUAAUACAACGACAAAAUUUGAAUCAUCAUAUUACAUGACAGUAGGUGAAGAAAAUGCUGAUCCAACUUUCGAUGUUGGCGAUGGAUUACCUGAUUCAGAUAAUGAUGAAGUUGCUGAAGAAAGUGAAACUGAAGCUGUUUGGUCCGAUAUGGACUUGGAAGCUAAUAGCCAAUAGUUAAUUUUACAAUAUUAAUAAUAUCAACUGUUUUUCAUAUUCACUUUAAUCAUUGCAGUUGGAAAUCUUUUAAAAAUCUAUUGAUGAAUUUUUUGCGUUUACUAAUCAAUUGGUUAAUUAUUAAUUAUACAUAUAAUAGAAUUUUUUUUUUGUAAAAAAUAUUUUUGUUGUAAAAUAAUUAUUUUUAGGCUAGUUUACAAUACAAUUUUAUUUCAAAUUAUACUUAUCCUUAUUUUAAAUCGUCUUUCAAUUAUAUCUCACCAUUAUGAAAAUGAAAAGAGAUUUUGU